UCAUAUGUUAGUUUCCAAUUUUACCUGAUUUGGCAGCUCAAAUACCAAGAAAAGACCGUUUGUUCUGUUCCACCUAACGGUUUUAAUCCUUGUCUUUCUGAAAAUGGGCGUCUUUGUAAUUAUAUUUUCAUCCCAAUUUCUCUUUAAUCAUAUUUUUUCUUACAUUUAUUUGGUUUCUAAUUCCAUUGGAAUCUCUCCUCCCAAAUCAAACUUUCUUUCUUCUUUUCUGUCCUUUUCGUUCUUCUCCUUUCCUUUUUUCUUGCUGAUGAUCAUCCACCUUCAAACAAGAUAAUGCUGCUUUAAUGGCGAACUUUGGAGGACUUUUCCGAGGUCAAUUGUCUAUCUUAUUUUCCUUUUUAUGUGGGGAUUCAGUAUUCACAUUAGGUGAUCUAAUUCAGGACAAGAUGCUUACAAUCGAAACAUGGGACGAUCGAUAUUCAUCGUCUAAAAGGUUUUCAGAUUGGCAGAGAGAUGGUAGCCUCGUGAAAUCCUAGAACAAUGGCAGCAAAAGGAAAACCAUUUUGUAAAGCUCAAAGAAGUGUACUGGGGUUUUCAGCCAUUCUAAAGUAUGCAGCUUGCGAAUGGUUUCUCAUUUUUCUAAUGCUUAUUGAUGCUUUGACUAAAUUUGCACAUAUUUGCAACUUGCAAACGCCAUGCAUUUUUUGCUUCAGGCUUGAUCAUCUCUUGGACAAAGAAAAAUCUAAUAAUUAUAGGAAUCUUCUCUGUACCAAUCAUAGAUUGGAGAUAUCAUCUUUAGUUUCUUGCCACAAACAUAAUAAAACUUGUUGAUGGCAAUGAGAUGUGUGAUCCAUUUCUUUAUUCAUUCGAACAAACAACAAACCUAAGUCCCACUUCAAAAUGCAAAGGUUGAUAGUGGGAAAGUUGUCAGAUACUUUUAGGAAUGGAGGUCACGGAGAGUUGGUAAAUAGGGAUCCGAUUCCUCAUUGUAUUAAGAUAAGACCUUGUUCUUGUUGCUGCAGGCCCUUGAAGACAAGGCAAUUGAUCAAGGAUUAUUUCCACUGAAAUCUUCUUUGAAUGUGGCCACUAAACCAAAUAUUCCUUUUCACUCCGGUUAAAUAGUCGAGAUAGCUCGAAAAAGAGGAGAGAUAAAAUUUUUGGUUCAGUAACCUUACAACACGCUGGAAAAACUUGUUUUAAUCUGUUGUCUCAUGUAGGAUCCAAUGAGCUGAGGGUCACCUCUGAUUCUGAGUUAGAGGUUCUGGUUUCAGAAGAAGAAGAUGAUAAAUGUUUAAUUGUGAAAAGUGCACUUAAAGAAGAUUAUGUUCUUCGAUCUAUUACACAAAUUCCACUCCUCAUUGCAAUAAUUUUGAUCUGGUUAAGCCAUCCAUUAAUUUUGUUGAUCCAAGGUCUUCACCUUUAGAAUCAUAUGUGCAGUCAAAGAUUUUAGAAAAAAGAAAAUGCGGUGGCAGUCAAAAAUUUCAGACCAAGGAGUCUUACAACCUUAACUAACAAGGUUAUCGCCAAGAUGCCAGCUGAGAGGGUAAUGCUAUGUAUUAUUGCUCCAUGGCAAAGUGCUUUCACAGAAGGAAGACAAAUUUAGAUCCGGUCCUUGUAGCUAAUGAAUUGGUUGAGGAUUACCGGGCGAAGAAAAAGAAAGGUUCACUUCUCAAGAUAGAUUUGGAAAAAGCCUUCGACCAGGUUGAUUGGGACUUCCUUGAAAAAACUAUGAGAAGCAAGAAGUUUAAUGACAAGUGGAUUGAGUGGAUAAAGGGCAGCGUUAAGAACCCGAGAUUCAGUUUCCAUUAAUGGCAGAUUGAGAGGGAGAAUUAUGGCAUCAAGGGGGAGCAAGGCCAAGGUGACCCCCUAGUCCUCAUUGCUCUAAUGGAAAAAACCUUCAUCAGAAUGGCCUUUUUGAAGGUUUUGUCCUGGGAAAGGACAAUAUUCACGUUCCUAUUCUUCAAUUCGUGGAUGAUACUCUCUUUUUCAGAUAUGACAGCAGCACAUUAGACAACUUGAAACAGACAAUAAAGCUCUUUAAAUGGUGCUCCGAUUAAAAAGUGAAUUGGGACAAGUCGACCUCGUGUGGGGUUAAUGUGGACGAGAUGGAUUGCUGUCCACUUCACCUCUUUGAGUUGUAAGUCAGAACAUCUACCCCAAAUUACUAUCUUCUUUUGGCAAUCAGUGAUCAAUAAAAUCCAAGCAAAACUAGACAAAUGGAAAAGAUUUAACCUCUUGAGGGGAAGAGCCACCCUUUGUAAGUCUAUUCUUUCCAAUCUCCCCACUUACGUGUCUACAUUUUUAAUGCCAGAAGCAAUCAUUUCAAAUCUGGAGAGAGUUCUAAGGAAUUUCUUUUGGGAGGGUCAUAAGGGCAGCAAAUUAAACCACUUUGUUAAAUGGGAAGCGGUUAUCAGAUCUCUGGAUGGCGGUCUCAGCCUUAGACUUCAAAACAAAAAAUAUGGAACUUCUAGCUAAAUGAGGAUGGAGAUACAUUGAAGAAGAAGACUCUUUGUGAUGCAAGGUAGCCAGGAGCAUUCAUGGCAAGGACUCGUUUAAUUGGCACACCGCUGGAAAAGAUGGUAAAUGUUUGAGAAGCCCCUGGGUUAGUAUCUCCAGAUCUUGGCUGAAAAUUGAAGCUUUGGCAACCUUCAGGAGAGAGCCAACUUUCUAGCUAGACUCUUGGGUGAAUAAGACUCCUUUUAAGCUUGCCUUUCCACGACUAUUCAGAAUAGCAUUAUCUCCCAAUGGUUCGGUUGCUGAUCAUUGGGACCUUGAAUUGGCCUCUUGGUCAAUAAUUUUCCGUCGUUUGUUAAAGGAAGAAGAGAUCUUAGACUUCCAAGCUUUGCUUGGUAAAAUUGCAGAUAGAAGUAUUCUCAAAGAUCAGGAUAGACGAUUGUGCUCUUUAGGUGGCAGUGGAAAGUUCAGAGUAAAGUCCCUUACUAUUCACUUGUCUCCAUCCUCCCCAAUGGAUAAAAUGAUCAAUAAGGCUCUUUGGAAGUGUAAUAGUCCAAGAAGGGUGAAUAUCUUUGUUUGGAUUAUGUUGGUAGGACAUUUGAACGUCUCUUCAGCUUUGCAGAAAAAAUUACUGAGUAGUUCUCUCUCUCCUUCCAUUUUCCCGCUGCGUUUACAACAUGAAGAAGACUCCCAACACUUAUUCUUUUCAUGCAAGUAUUCGGCCAAUUGUUGGGAAAUUUUGCUUUUAAAGUUUAAUUUGUAUUGGGUGUUCGGUGGAGUUCUCUGAGAAAACGUGAUGCUUAUGCUAAGAGACUUCAGAAUAAACAAAGAAGCUUCUUUACUGUGGAUGAAUGCGGUGAAAGCUAUUCUCGCAGAAAUUUGAUUUGAAAGGAAUCAAAGAGUAUUCCAUGAUAAAUCUCUUGAUUGGAAGGAUCGUUUUGAAGUUGCUCAUAGAAAUGCUUCCUCCUGAUGCUCUCUUUCUUCGGCAGAAUCAUAUGUCCAGGUCAAUUUGGAAAAGCCAAUCCGACUACCAACCCUUUCACAUGGGCUAAACCUAUUUCCCUGGAUGAUGCAUAUCUGUUGCAUCCAAUGUCUUUGGACUUUCUCGUGCAAAUUCAAUGGGGAAAAGUGAGCUUCCAGACUCUUUCAACCAGUAGUCCACUCUCUCCUGUUGUCCUCAGAUCAUCACAUUGCAUCACGACGCACUAGUUGCAGGAGAGUUAAUAACAUCUGAGGAGACAGGAACAAAUAACAUGGGAACUAAAUCUCCCAAUGAGCACGAGGAUCAUUCAACAUCGACAAGUACAAAAGUUGAAGAGUGUCCUAAUAUUGAUAAAGUGGUUGAUGAAUCUUCAUCCGAAAAAACUAACGAUGGAACAGAUCAUAGCAUUGAUAGUGAAUCUUCUGAAAGUGAUAAGGAAUGCGAAGUUAAUUUGGCUACACGACAAUCCUUGGAAUCUUCUUCUACGAGUGAUUCAGAUCAUAAUAGUGAUAGUGAGUCAUCUGAGAGUGAUGAGAAACAUAAAGUAAAUUUUGCUACAAGACAACCUUUAGAGAAGGAAGCUGAUAUAGUUUGUAAUGAUAUGAAGCAGCCUCCAUUGACUAAUACUAGUGUUAAAGAGUGUUUGAAAACUGAUGAGCUUAUCUGUGAAUCUGCUGUUAAGAACAGUAAUGAUGAUAUGGACCAUGACAGUGCUAGGGAGUCCUCCGAGAGAGAUAAGGAACUGGAAGUUGCCAAUUUUACUACAGAACAACCUUUGGAGAAGGAUUUUGAUGCAAUUAGUAAUGAUUUGAAGCAACAUCCUUUUAUUAGUACAACAAUUAAGAUAAUUGACGAGGUCGUUCAUGUAUCUGCUAAUAGUAACAACAGUAAUGAUAUUGAUCAUGUCAGCGUUAGUGAGUCCUUUGAGAGGGAUAAGGAGCAAGAAGUUUCGAAUUUUGGUAUAUCUUUAGAUAAGGAAAUUGAUAUAGUUACUGAUGAUUCGAACCAUACUCCAUUGAUCAACACAGCAAUUGAAGAGUGUCCUAAAACUGAUGUGGUGGCCUGUGAAUUUACUAUUAAUAAAGAUAAUGAUGAUAUGGAUAAGGUUAGUGAGUCCUCUGAGAGUGAUAAAGAACAUAAAAUACUCAACUUUUCAGUAUUGCAAUCUUCAGAGGAGGAAGCAAAUUUAGUCGCUAAUGAUUUGAAGCAGCCUCCAUUGACUGGCACGACCAUUGAAGAGUGUCCUAAAGUUAAUGAAGUUGCCUAUGAAUCUGCUAUUAAAAACAUUAAUGAUGAUACGGACAACGUUAGUGAGUCCACUAUGAGUGAUAAGGAGCAUGAAAUCUUCAAUUUUUCUACAGGGCAGUCUUCAGAGAAGGAAAUAGAUGUAGUUGCUAAUGAUUUGAAGCAUUCUCUAUUGAUCAACACAACAGUUGAAGAGUGUUCUAAAACUAAUGAGGUGACCUAUGAACAUGCUAUUAAGAACAUCAAUAACGAUAUGGACAAUGCUAGUGAGUCUAUCGUGAGUGAUAAAGGACAUGUAAUCUUCAACUCUUCCGUGGGACAAUCUUCAGAGAAGGAAACUGAUCCAGUUACUAAUGAUCUAACGCAGUCUCUAUUGAUCAGCAGAACAAUGGAAAAGUGUCCUACGACUGAUGAGGUGAUUUGUGAAUCAGCUAUUGUGAACACUAAUGAUGAAAUGGAUAAUAGCAGCAUUAGCGAAUCUUCCGUUAGUGAUAAACAACAAGAAGUCUUCAAUUUUGCUACAGAAAGACCUUCGAAGAUGGAACAUGAUAUAGUAGCUAUAAAUGAUAUGGAACAAUUUCCAUUGCAGAAGAGUCCUGAUGAACUUGUUAAUCAAUCAACCUCAGAUGAUGAAGGCCACAAUUUUAGCACUUCUUAUGAUGAUUUACAGGAAGAAUUUGCCUCAGGAUUCAACGUACAUCGAACAUUUCAUCGAUCAGUCUCGAUGGAAUCAGUUGAAUCGCUAGAUGGAAGCAAUGUAAGUGAAAUUGAAGGUGAAAGUAUUGUUGAUAGGUUAAAGCGACAAGUUGAAUAUGAUAAGAAAUGCAUAGAGUCUUUAUAUAAAGAGUUGGAAGAAGAACGAAGUGCUUCUGAUGUUGCUGCAAGUCAAGCCAUGGCCAUGAUUACAAGGUUGCAAGAUGAGAAGGCAGCAAUGCACAUGGAGGCUCUUCAUUACUUGAGAAUGAUGGAAGAGCAAGCAGAAUAUGACGUUGAAGCUCUAGAGAAAGCAAACGAACUCCUCAAUGAAAAGGAGAGAGACAUCCAAGAUUUAGAAGCAGAGCUCGAAUACUACAGAUCUACUUACAUGGUUGACACAAUAGCUGAGACUGAACAUGAAAAAAGUGAUGAUGCAAAUGAAGAAAGUAUCACUACAGAGAACGCGAGUGUAAAACGCCAUGAAUAUAAUGGAAACUAUUCCUUUAAAUCAACAAUGGCGGAGUCAUCAAAAGGAAGCUACAAAUCUUUCAAUAAUCAAAAUUCAUCUUUAGAAUUUGAAGAUGAAAAAAUUUACAUCCAACUAUGUUUGAAGAGCUUGGAGGAUAAGGUUAAUAAACUAUAUACUAAUGGACUUUCAGCCCGGGUUCCUAAUAUCAUUGACAAUGGAGAAGAGGUGAAUCCUGAACAAAAAGGAGAAGAUAAUAUUGAUGUCGAUAGGUCUCAACGAAAUAAUGAAGACAAUGGUUCAUACAAACACAUAGACCAAAACAACUGCAAUGGCAAAGCUACACCAGAAGGAGAGUUGGUCGAUCUGGAUAAAAAUGGUCAUUUUAGCAGUGGCGAAAACUUUUAUGAUGUGAAAGGUCAAAUAAGUUAUGCAAACAAAAGAGAAGAGGUUGACUACCUCGCUCUUGAACAUAAAAUUUCAAACCUUACUGGCAAGUUGGAAGCACUACAAGCUGGUUAUGAUUUUCUUGAGCACUCUCUUCAUUCUCUUCGCUACGGUGAGGAAGGUUUGCAAUUUGCUGAAUAUAUCGUUCAUCAGCUUCAAGAAUUGUGUAAACUCGGGAUUAUACUAGAUCGUCGAUCUGGCUCCUAAGUUCUUCAUGCAGCAUGAUAUGAUAUACUUUAAAAUGGGAAUCAACAAUCAUUCUGGACCAUCAUCAUUAAAACCUUCAAAGUGCAAAGUCAUGGUUCAUCUCUUUUUGUUGGGUUGCAAUGCAUGAACUUGAGCAUUGGCCAUUGUCGAGAAGGCUCAGAGUAGAGAAAAAAAUGGGUAUGUUUUACAAAUUUGUACCAUCAAAUCACCAUGGACGUUUAGUCUUCCAUCUUUUGAGGUUUUCAUUUUUGUGAGGGUUAGUUAAUUUUAUUUGCCAAGGAGCUCAUAAUUCUUGUACCUCUCUCCCCCUCUCUCUAUACACACACACACACACACACACACACACACAUCCAUGUUCGUGCGGUUGGCCAAUUUCUACAGUACCAAAUAAAUUAUUCUUCAACAUAUCAUUCUUUUCACUCUAGAUGCUGCUCAUGGAUUGAAAGAAGGAUCUCAACCAAUCAAGAUCACAAUAUUUGCUUGUAUAUAAAUAUAUUAGAUCGAUAAAAUAGUAAUGUUGAUGGCAAGGUCUUGCAAUACAAUAGAUAUUUAGUUUACAAGUGAGAAUUGUAGUAAAUACCUUUGUUAUUAUUA